AUGAGUGAAAGUUAUUAUGAACAAUAUUUAAGAUCAAACAAUCCCAAUGAAUUUAAAGAAUUAAAGAAAAGAUUAGAAGAAAGUAAUGAUGAAGGUGAACAAAAAGUGAUUAAUCAAAGUAAUAUUGCUUUAUUAGAAUUACUCAUAUCUCAAGAUUACAACCAAUACAUUACAACUAUUGUUCCACUAGAAACAAAUGAACCCACAUAUUUAUUAUAUAAUAAGGCUGUAGGGUUAUUAAGGGUAGGGAAACCAACGGACGCAUUAUCUCUCUUAUCAGAAUCUUCAAAUCGUGAAGAAGAAUCACAGAUUAAAUUUUUAUCAUUGAUUUUAUAUUACUGUAUUGUUAGUUCAAUGGGUUCAAUAACAUUUAAUUUAGAACGAAUUACAGUUGAAUUCAUUAAUCCAAUUUAUGUUCCAGGAACAAUUAAUUAUAUUGAAUCACAAUUGGUAUUAAUGAAAAAGUCAAUUCAUGAAAAUAAUAUACCUGAUGCAAUUUCACAUAUUAACUGUGUUUGUAAUUCUUGUCGUGAUACUACUCGAAAGCCUUAUUAUCAAGCACUUUUUUGUUAUUUAAAUAAUGACUUUGAUGGAGUACGUACAUUACUCCAGGAUGGUGAGUCUCCAUUAAAAGAUAUUGGAAAUGCUUGUACUUUUGCUCGUUCAGGAAAACCAGCUGUAGCAAUAUACAUGUUACAAAAAGCAUUUCAUUGUUUUGGCCAUAAAGACGAACCAGUGAAAAGUUCAUUAGAAGAACCAGCAACAACACUGUAUCCCAUUGGAUGGAAACAAACAACAACAUAUAAUUUAGGACUUUGUUAUUUGUUAGAAAAUAAACCCAUUGAAGCACAUGCUGCAUUUGUUACAUUAGUAGACUAUUAUAGAUAUAGUCCAUUGUUAUGGUAUCGGUUGGCAUGUUCUUGCAUUCAAUACCAUUAUAAUUACAUUAAGAAUGCACAAAUGAAAUAUCAAUACGUGGGUACAUCAUCUGCUCGUCAUGUAUUAUUAAAUCAACAACCAUUAAAUCCAGAAAAUCCGCAACUACCAUUAUCUCUUGGAAUGCAAUAUAUUCGAAAUAUGACAACUUUAUUACGUACUAAUUCAGAAAAUUCAGUAAAUCAUAAAUUAGCAUUAGCUAUGCACUAUGCAAUGGGAUAUAUAAGUUAUUGGAGUGGGGAUUAUCUUUUAGCUAAAUACUGUUGGGAAAAAGUUUAUACAUCUAAGAAUCAUCAACUACGAAUUUCUGCGUUGUCAUAUUUAGUUAAAACAUAUUGUUUUCUUCAAUUACCCAAAGAAUCUGAAAAAAUUCUUCAAGAAUUCUUUGUUUCAAAACCACAAGAAAAUAAUGAAGAUGUUAAUUAUGCAUCAGCUAUGGCUUUAAUUUUUAUGGGAAAAUAUGAAGACUCAUUAAAAGUAGUAGAUAAAAUGGUUGAAACACCAGAGACUGAUGCUCUUAAGAUUUUUAUUUUAUUGAAUUUAAACAGAAAAGAUUUAGCUGCUGCUGUUGUAAGAAAAUCCUCACCUAUUCAAGUACACAAAAACGUCUUGUUUAUUAAUUAUGACUAA